GGAAACUCUCGCCGUAUAGAAUAUGUGUUCCUCUCCUCUCACUGGUGACGCUUGGUGAUUACUAGCAUGCUGAGGGAGACAGCACACAGUUCUAGUCAUCAUGGAAACCCACAAGCUUACCCCACAGGAAGCGAAGCAGAGGGAGAUGAAAAGCCAACGUGUGUUGCUCACAUGAGCGCUCAAGCUCAUAGUGGCUUGUGCCUGCACCCUGCUGAAACGUUCCCUUCAGAAACAGAUCAUAUCGCACUGGAUGAUGGGAAAGAGGCCUCCAAAGACUUGCUGUCGCUGGCAAACUUGAGCCAAGAUGAUACCUUCUUUCUUGAAGGCUGUGUGCAGCUGGAGCGAAGGUGGGUGCUCUGGCAUGAGUUCAUGAAGGAACACUCUUGCUUAGAUGACUGGCUCCGGCUGGCAGAGAAAUUGGCUGCCUGCCCAAAUUCCAGCCAUGUGCUCUACAUCACAGCGAAAGAGGAGCUGCAGAAGUUUGAGGGUCUCCGUGCCGAGGCCAGCCUACGACUGGCCCAGUUGGACAGCCUGGGUCAGAGGAGUCGCGUGCUAUUGGGGCUGUUCACAGGCACCAUGAGGAGGCGGCUGGUGGAGAUGACAAAAGAAUGCGGACAGCGGUGGGACCAGCUCAGUGCCACGGUGGACUCCGUGUGCCGUCGGCUGAAGCACUUUGUGCUUCAGCGUGAAGACUUCGAGAGGCAGCAGGAGGAGGUGGCCGUAUGGCUGGCCGACAUGGACCUGCGGCUGACUGAGGUGGAGCACUUCUCCGAGCGGGAUACAUGCGCCAAGAUGCAGCAACUUCAGGGCUUCCAGCAGGCCGUGGCUGAGAGCGCCGGCCGUCUGAACGCACUUCUCCAGAGAGGUGAGGCGUUGAUCCAGAGGAGUGAGCCGGCUGACGCGCAGGUCAUUGAGGGCCAGCUUCAGGAGCUGCUUCUCUACUGCGGCCGUGUCUUCCAGAGUCUGGGACGCCUUCACACACGCCUGCUCAGCAUGAGAUUGGUGUUUGAGGAUGACUGGUCUCUGUGUCCAGACUCAGGCUGUCCCUCCGAGAGCGUGCUGGAGGAGGAGGGACUCAUGGAGUGUGGCACGGCCCCUUCAGCAGCCCCUGGCACCCCCCUGCCGCUCUGCCAUGAGCACCUGGUCCUGGAGUGGGACCCGAUGGUCGACAUCGGAGGCUCCGUCUCCCACGACGACACAGACUCCUCCUACUACAAUGCUGGAGCAGGUGUCCACGGCACAGUAGAGCUGCUUGCCAAAGAUUGUCUGGGGAGGAGAGGCCCCCUGGUCCCCGUGGCCCCACAGCCAGUCCCCACUGGAGCAUGUGGCCAGCAUCCGCUCACACAGAAGAGUUUAGAGGGCAUGACUCCACCCCAGACUCCACAGUCAGCAGACGCUAAUGGGCCACAGCAUGCAAGUCUUUGGAAGACCUCCACCCCAGGCUCUCACUCCCAUGAGCUUGUCAGCUUUGACCCUGACCGCAUCAGUGCCUGGCUGGGACAGUCCCACCAGCUUUGCUCCAAAGGUGUACAGACAGAGUGUACUUCACAGCAGUGUUUGAGUUUUUCUUCAUCACCAUCCUCUUUGGAGGAGGCAGAGACGGGUGAAGCCAAGUAUCUUGGGAACAUGCUCGUGAGGCAUUCUUGCUCACCACAAGCUCAAAACAUGGGCACCGCCCUGUCAUAUGAUCCUCAACCACACACCAGCAAAUGGCGCACAAGCCCACAGUGUCUGAAGGAGACACCGUGCUCCAGUGGCUUGGUGGAAGGCUGCAACCCAACUAAGAUAUGCUGUGCCCCUAGUGGACAGGAGCAUUUUGUAGGCCCUUGCAGAUCCUGGCCUCUAAGGCCCAUGCGACUCAUGGAGGUUGUUGGGGCCCCAGCUCUGCUCUACAUUCUCCUAGCCCUGCUGCUGGUUAUAGUGAUCUUACCCCCCACUGUGCUGCAGGACAACCAGUGCCACCGCGCCAACACCCUGGCACGUUCUUUCCACCUAGCCCUGCGGUAUGUCAACGGCCCUCCUCCAACCUGAGGGUGGCACAGGCACAGCCCUCCAAAGACAACGGCUUUUGAUCAUAAUAACAGGGAGCACUCGGACCACAAGAUGGAGAGGGGGGCCUUUUUUUUUUUUUUUUUUUUUUAACCUAUAUGCCGUUACUGUUAGUGGUCUGUUCCUUAGGCCAUGUCUACCAAAUGGCAUUGUAAAUAUGGUUGGACUGUUUGAGCCAUUGAUUGUGCUUAGUACACAAGACAUGGGUCCCAAGAGUGUCCUUGGAUAGUGCAGACAUUUAAUUGAACCAAAUAUUGAUUUAUCACACUGGCAUUUCAAGUCCAUUCAAAACAGCACCUUGUUAACCUUUUAACCAACUUUAUACAUUAAAGAGAAUACCCUGUGUAGAGAAGAAUGUAACUUCAGACUUCAGAAUUAAUGUUAAGAAGCAAAAUAAAAUGUAUAUUUUUAUUCAAAUGUAGCCUAUAUUAUGAGUUGUUAUACAGGGCAGGUUUUUAAACAAACCUUCAAACUGUGCUGCCAGUAAAUAGUCUUGGACUGUAACAUCUGACUGGGAGCUAAAUUUCUCUCAUAAGCAACAUGCUGACAUUUUCUGAAGAAUGUUUCACUGUUUGGGUCUGUAUUUAGAAGAGAAAGAUGGUGGAAAACAUGGGAAGCCUGUUUAUGAGCAGAUUUCAUUAGCUCAAAACCUGCUCAGUUGGUGAAUUCAUUCAUUUCAAAAUGGACAUAUUUGGGACAUAUUUACUGUUAAGAAGCUCAAUCUAUGUAUGGAUAUCAUGCAUUCCAUAGUAGAGAAAAAAUCCAGAAUUCUAUAAUGGUGGGGGGGAAAGUGCCUGGAUCAAAUAAUGUGCCUGUAUGAUGUACACAGAUUUGGUUAAAGAAUGAUUGCCUCAAGUGUGAUUCCCCCACCUAUAUUUGGCAAGAGGUACAACUGACCGCUUGCUGUGUCUGUGUGCACACACGUUUGUAAGUACAGAUGCACACAAUGUAGACUGUACUACUGUUUGAGGCUUAAUGCCACAUUUAAUUGGAACCUCAAAUCAUAUUCAUUUUUCCAUGUCUGUGUUUUUAACCUCGUGCACUUGAGUGAAUGUUGGUUUGGAUAAGCUCUCAUCUCGUUAGCAUAUGUUGCGAAUCAUGAAUGAGGUUCAAACUGGCAUUGAAAAGAUCGGAUUUUUGUGUUUAGAUUUCUUCAAGAGAAAAAUGAGCAGUGUCAGACCGGAUUGGAUGUGUACACACAGCCUUAGGCCUUUCCACAGUAUGUGUUAUGGUAGCAGCCUUGAACCAGGUCACAAAGAAUCACUUUAUUGUUAUACCACAGUGUAAAAAAUAUGACGGAGGGAAUUUUAUGGGGAUUCUGCAUUGCGUUUACAAAAAAAAACGUUCAGUACAGAGGUCAUGUAGCAAAGAAUAUAUGCAUGAAGGACAGAUUUUUUUUUUGCACUGUUUUACUGCUUUUCCAAUAAAAUAAAUGUGUUAAACAAG